AUGCCUGUGGCGCUAGGCGACGAGAUGCAUUAUCCGCCACUACCCUUUGUCGCGGUGUCUGCUGUGGCUGCUCCUCCGGUUGUAUCGGCAUCUGCGCGGGCGGCUGCGGAGAUGUCGCCGCAUCACGCACCGUUGCCCGCUCCUCCCGCUGCCCUGGCUCCCGCGACUGUUGAGGCGCCUCCUCCUGCUGUGAAGUCUGCUCCUGCUGUCCCGCCGCCAGAGGUUCCGAACCUCGCGGCACCACUUGGCGUGUCCGCUCCCGAUGCUGCUCCUGUUCCCCUCGUUCCCUCUGCUGCGCCGGUCGCGCCUGCUCCCCCUGGGGGGUUUGCUGCUCACCCUGGGUCUGUCCCUGGCGCGCCCGCUGUUCCGGCCGCUUCUGUUCCCGGCGUGCCUGCGCCGGAAUCUUCUUCGUCGCCGAAGGCGGCGUCCGCCACCACUGGUGGCCCUGCCCCGAUGGUCGCGCCUCCGGCCGUGGACUCGACUGCUCCAGUUGUGCUGCAGGCGGGCCCGGUGGCGCAGACGUCCCGUCCUCUGUCGCCAGACCGCCGCCAGUCCCGGCCCCAUUCUCCCGUGCCUCAACAGGAGCGCGAGUCGUCGCGGCGUCGCCGAAACUCUCCUCGGCGCUACCAGCAGCAGGCCCAGUGGUCUGGCCACCCUGGUGGCAAUGGGGGCUGGAGGGGUCCCCGCGGGCGUGGUGGUGGUGGGGCAUACCGCCCGCCCGUGACCCUGGCUGAUCUUCAGCGGGAAGUGUCGAGGGCGGUGCGCGAGGAGCGGGCGGCGCAAAGCCAGAGUAGUUCGCUGCGGGCCGCGCCGGCGCAUGUGGCUCCCCCUCCUGCUGCCUCCGCCCCUGCUCCUGGCUCUCGUCUCCGCCUCCCCCCUGUUCCGCCCGUGGCGGGUGUGGAGUUCGUGGCUGUUGGUGGUGGGGCGGCUGGGGCACAGCACACCCCUUAUCCCGCUGCUGACGACACGCUUUCGUUCUUGGCGGUGGCACUUCAGCCCCCGCAGACCCGUGUACCUGAAUCGACCCUCGGGCAAUUGCACCGUCUGGCGGAGAGCCUGCACGCGCUGCUGCUGAUUCAGGUGCUGGCUCACGCGUCUCUCCCUCCGAUCCCUGCUGACUCAUUUCGUGACAGGCGGCGCGAGACCUGUCUGGACGCGGCGGACCAGCUCGCGCAGCUGCUGGCGCCCGCGUUGGCAGCGCCCGCAGAGGGUGGCGCUGCGGCUGUGGGACAGCUGGACGAGGCUGUCCGGGGCUUAAGGCGGCACUUGCGCGCAGGGUCUGGAGCCGCGGCGAUCGGCGCAAGUACGCUGGUGGUCCGGGAGCUGUGGCGGACUUUAACUGGCAUUCUCCAUGCCCUUGGAGCUCACCGGAUGUAG